AAGGCACAAAUAUGAAACAGUCAGCUAGUGGAAAACAGGCUUCUGGUCUAAACUUGAAGAUGAUUAUGCAAUCUAUAUUGAAUAUUGAAUGUUGAAGUGCAAUUUUAGUGGUGCUGGUAGUUUAGUCAGACAGCACAAAAAUCUCCAAUUCCAGACAGAUAUCAUAGGAUAAGUGGGGUACCGUAUUUUUGAGCAUUUAAAAAUCUAUACUGUAUAAUUUCUGAGUCAACUAUAUUGAGAUUUCGCUUAUCAAUUUGGUUAUAUUAUUAUACAGUUGAGGAAACCAUCUUAGAAAAGUCUUUUGUGAACAUUAUUCCUAGAAUUUAAUUCGAAAUAACUGAUUUUCGAAACGAUUAUACUGUGUAAGUAAUGCCGUAAAGUGAUAAAUUAAUCAAAUAAUAGAAAGGUAGUUUAUGUGAGUUGGAUGAAAACAUAUAAGACCAUUUGAGGAGUGGUAGCUUAAUAGAAUGUUAUUCAUGUUAAGGAUAUCUACAUGAGGAAGGAUGUUAAAAAAUUUGCGUAUCCUGAAAUUGGCCAGGGUAGUUUCAGUGGCAGCACACACCUCAGAUAGUUCAAUCCUGAUUUUAACUGAUCUUAUGGUUUAAGAGAUCCCGAGCUGGGUACCUUUAUGCGAGUUGACGGAAACGUGAUAAAUUAUGGAAAACAAUACAUGAAUAUCCCCCUUAUGGUUCGUUUGAACCAAGCGUGAUAAUAUGGGGUUGGUAAUGGAGCAUUACGAAAGGCAUUUCCAACAAACAACUGCAGACGUACAUCAACAGAUGCCGCCUACUCUCACUCGAUACUCAUGAUCAGAUGGCCAGAAUAAUAGGAAUAAGCAACAAGGAACUCAGUCUGGCUGUCUGUCAACGAACCAACCAAGAACCCAUCACCCAACAAAUAUGCAGAAGAAGGUGGAGAUGGAUUGGGUAUACACUGAGGAGACCAUUUGGGAACAUCACGCGUCAGGCCAUACCCUCGAAUGGAACCCAAAGGGAAAACGACGGGUUGGACGUCCGAGGCAAGGGUGACAUAGAGGAGAUUGUGUGAGGAAGAAAUGAAAGCUUGUGUACAGUCGUGGAACCAGGUUAAGCAGACUGCAGAGAAGAGAGUGGAAUGGCUAUGUGCUACUGAAGUCUUAUGUUCCACUAGGAACCCAAGGGACAAAUAAUAAAUAAUAAUAGUAAUGUCAUUACCACAUCUUUACUUAACCACACUUGGAGAUGUUGAUGAGCAUAGGAAAUUAAACAUCUAGAGCAGAGGCUGACAUAACUGGCUCCAUAGGAAUAGUCGAAAUGAAGUAGAACUACACAUUAUGGACAUAUGACUAAAGGACCUGAAAACAAGGAAGUUAACUGAAUAUUUUUUGUUUAUUCAAAUCACUUUCAAUUUAUAAUGGAGAUUUUUAAGGAAGAAUGAACAGAUAUACUCCAUUCUUUAAUAAUGAUGAGUAAAAAAAAUAAAGUUAAACAAUAAAAUAGACUAAAAUUAUGAUAUUUCAGUUUAUGCAACGUAUCUACAUACCAUACAUACUGGAUUAUGAAAAAUUUAUAUGAAUCUUUCAAAUUUACUAAUGGUACCAUAUAAUUCAUAAUUUCAGUACACAGUUGGCUGAAACUAAACUUCCGUCUCUUUCUGUGAUAUUUUGUAACAUGUUUAAAUCUAUACACAUUUGUAAAUUCUUUUUAAUUUAGAUGAAUAUUGUUUACGGUUGAAUAAUUCAAUAUCGGUCAGACAGCGGAUGUCAUCAAACCAACAUUAACUAACCAUUUAUUUAUCUGUAUAUCUACUUACUCAUCUUUUUCAGUUGUGUAAUUCUAUGUCUGAACUACAAUGUUACAUGUUAUACAAUGUGUCCUGCUAAUUUAUAACGAUUUGUUUUUAUUUAACAUUAUGAAGGUAUAAAUACAUUAGAAUUAAUUGUUAUUCAGUUUAUCAUUGUACGAAGUUUAUAUCAUCUUAUUCAUUGAAUUAAACUGGAUCAUAAAUUAUUGAAAAGAUAGAAAUGAAAUGAUAUUUUCAAGGAGGAAUUAUUUACUUUUUUUAUGCUUCGUUAUCUUGUAUUUCUUACCAAAUAAUGCUCAAAAUACUAGUGAUAAUAACUUAUGGCAGAUUAUCACUUCUUAUCCGAACGUAUCCAAAUUUACAGAUUUCAUUCGAGAAAUAGGAUUACAAAGUUUACUUGAAAAACCUGGUUGUCUCGGUGACGAUGAAUGUCUGACAAUAAUUUUACCGACAAAUGAUGCAAUUGAUCUUAUCUCUACUGAUUUAUCAUGGUAUAGUUCAGGAGAAUUUGGAAAGCAUUCAUUUAUACAUGGACAUAUUAUACAGAGAGGUCAAUCAUCUGUUCGGGUAACAACUAAAGAAUGGACAAAAUUGGGUCAACAAAUGAAUUUUAUUGAUAUUGGAUUUGGUACUGGUACUGAGUACCCAACACUUUUUACUAAACAACUAUUUGGAUUUUCAACCACUGUUGAUACGAAAUCUUUAUAUUUUGUAAACAAUGCUGAAGUUGUGUCACCGGAUAUUAUGGCUUCAAAUGGAAUAAUACAAAUUGUCAAUCAAGUAUUAUAUACACCAUAUAUUACAUUACCAUUUAUGGAAUUUUUACAAAAACAAAAUAACUUAGGAAUUUCAAAGGAAUUAUGGUAUCUACUAUUACAAGAACCAAAGUACGCACCAUAUCCAGCACAACACAUUUAUUCAACCAUAUUUGUUGUCAGUGAUUCUGGAUGGAAUUCUGUGCCGGCAGCUCAGAUGAGUAAAUUAAAAAAGAAUAUCACUUUAUUAGCUUCUGUCUUAUCCUACCAUUAUUGUCCAAAUCAAUUAAUCUAUCGUGAAUGGAUUUCAGUCAAGCCUAAGCUAAAUAUUUAUACAGGAUUCCCCAGUAAACCACAACCUGCAAGUACCAUUCGACCAAGCGAAUUAAACUCAGCUCAGCUGUAUAGAAGUGGUGAUGGCACUUUUGUUAUUUCAAGUGGUAAUACUGAAGCACAACUUGAGGAUAAAAGUUAUAUCAUUCAAAAGGCUAUUGUUCAUGUUAUUCAAAAGCCAUUAGCGUUUGUUUACGAGACACGAGAAGAAAUGUUGAAUAGAAUUAAUCCGAACUUGAUGUCACUAUGUCGAUCAGACACAAAUUGUAACAGUUUAUUAACAUCAUCAUCAGAGAUAACAAUAUUCUCACCAAACGCAGUAGCUGUACAAAAUUUAAACAAAUUAUCUUCAACUGAAAAGGCAACUUUUUUAAAGUAUCUCUUUUUACCUGUGAAACUGCUAACAUCGGAAAUGAUACCAGGUCGUCGUUUCACCGUUGAUAGUCUCCAGGAUGCUAUUCGCUUUAAAACAGUGGAUAAAUCAACGUUUAUCGAAGGUCGUCUUCCCAAUCAAGGUUAUGUUGCUACACGUAUCAUCAGCGCUAAUCAAGUAGCAACAAAUGGUAUCGUUCAUACAAUUGAUGGUAUUCCAGGUCUACCCUAUGAAACUGUUCAACAGUAUGUGGCUAGAAUUCCUGAUUUUAGUUUAUAUUACAAAACUGGUUUCAUCCAGUCGAUGACAGUCGGUGAACCGUAUACAUUUCUAAUACCAACUAAUCAAGCUAUGAGUAAUAUGGAUAAUGAUAGCACAGCGGGUAAAAAACUAUUGGCUGAAAAACUGAGAAGAGAAUUUGUGUUUCGUAAAAAUACAUUCCCACUUGAUUUGAUAAUUCAAGAUUUGAGUGUAGAAAAAGUGUAUUCUGUAGCUACAGCAAAUUAUGCAUUUACACGUGAAGAAAUACGUUUGAAUAUUAAAACUAUAAAUUCGGAUAAAGAUGGUGUACUCUCUUAUCAAGGACAAGAAAGUCAUAUAUCUACUCUAAAUGGACCGUAUCAAUUCAAAAAUGGCUUACUUUAUUCCGUAGAUAAAAUUCUUUAUUCAAAGAUGGAUCUUGAAGCAUCAAUGUGUACUGUAUCUGCAUGUGUAUAAGUAUCAAAAAGCUUAAGGGGAGUUAUGUGUUUUCGUGUUCACGUCCUUGUUCUCUGUUAUGAAGGAAUAAUAUCCCAGUAUAAUCUCGUUGUUCCGUUUGUGUGUAGUUAUGUACGCUUACUUCUUUAUGACCAAUGCAUGUUUGCAAAAGUAUUCAGUGGAUUCAUUGUAUCUUCCAUUAUAUCAUCGAAUAAAGUUUUCCAUAAAAUAUUAACUUUUCUCCUUUCUUUGUCAUUCAGUUGAUAGUUAAAUUAUUGAGUUUUUCAUUUUAUUCAUCGAAUUGCAGAGAUUAACUACUAGGAUGAAAAUAAUAAGCAGAAAUGAAUAUUGGUUACUAUGUGAUAGUUCAGAUGUGUACUACUGAUAAGAAUGGUUAUAAGUAGUAUAUAUUGAGAAGUCGGCAGAAAUCAUGGACAAUUACCAGCAAUGGGCAAAUAUUCUGUCAACGGGAAUGAAAGAGACAAUGCAGGUGUAUGAAGAGUAAAUCGAGAUCGGAGAAGAAAAUACAUCGUGCGAAUGACUAUUUUAAUGAAACGUUUACAAUAAUACACAUUCUGUCCUGCAUCUCAGUCUGUGGCUUUUCUUAUAAUAGUAGCAGUUAGUGGUAACGUAAUAAAAGAUAAUCAUUGCCGUAAUGAAGUAUGAGGCUGAAGAACAUAAAUUGCGGAACUUAGAGGCACUAGCGUUUUCUUCA